CAAUUACAAAUCAGUAGACAUUAUGUGACGAAAAUUGACGAACAAACUAAAUUUAGAUGUUUUACUUGCAUUUAGUAACGAUAUUAAAGCGUUAUAGUCAUUUUUUUUUCAUGAAUGUCAUUUUCUAAUUUAUCCGACUUAAUGUUCACAAUGUCUUAAUUAUUGACUUCUGAAGUCGUUCUUAAUAUUUAAUAUAUGUCGUGUAUCGAUUUUUUCCAAAAUAGUACCUUCUAUUCAUCAUUAGUGGGCCUAUACAAUAAGUGACCAAUUAACAAUUAACAAUUAAAGGUCAAGCAACAAAACAUUUAAAGCAGUUUCAAUAAGAACUACAUGAGCACGCCCUCUCAAUUAGUUCCACCUGGAAAUUUGGACAGCAUACCCACAGGUACAGAUAAAAGCUUUUUAAAGCUGUCGACCACUUUUAAGUCUCGUCAUAACGAUAAUAAUAUAUAAUAAAUUAAGUACGCCAUCCGGAGGAGUUACCGGCCCAGAAGUUACAGGCAAGAUUUAAAAAAACAAAAAAAAAAAAACACGUUUCUAAACUGAAUAAUGUGUGUUACCUGGUUUAUGGUCAAUGGAAAUCCAGAAAUUAGCGGUUACAAACUUGUACUAGCUUUUAAUCGUGAAGAAUACUUUAACAGACCAACAAGCCACGCCAAUUUUUUGGAAUCAAACAAGGAUACGCUGUGUGGUGUUGACAUGAAACCUGGAAAAGAAGGUGGAAGCUGGCUGGGUAUCUCAAAAAAAGGCAGAGUGGCAUUUGUUCUGAACAUCAGAGGAACUGGUAACCCUGAUCUCAAAGGCAGAGGUUGCUAUGGCCUCUCCAACACUGUAUUGUCCGAGCCCUGGCCCAGGGCAAAACGUGGUAGAACAUUUCUUGAGAAGCUCCUGGAUGACAACCCAAAUAUCCCCCCAGAAAAACUUACAGAAAAAUUGAUGGCUUUUGCUGCAAAGACAGAGUGUUUUCCUGAUACACGAGCCGUUUCUACGUUUGAGGAGAUUUUAGACGUUUUACCAGAAAUGGUGUUUGCUGAAAUACCUGUAUUUGGCACCAGAACUACUACUGUCAUCCUGAUUGACAGCAAUGACAAAGUAACAUUUACGGAGAAGACCAGGCUUGACCCAAUGGACAACUCGCAAGCAAAAUGGUUUUCUAAAACACACGUUUUUAAUCUGACUUCCCGUCAUGAGAAGCAAUAAAGAAGUUGCAGAGAAGCAAUAAAGAAAUUGUAGAGAAGCAAUAAAGAAGUUGUAAUUACAAAGAACAAAUAGACAGUUUAUAACCUCGUUGUCAUGAUUUUAACUGUUUGUUCCGGUAGUAUUAUAAGUGUAAGCAUUCAACUGUGCUUGAAUCUACACAUACGAAUAGUUGACGAACUGAAGGAAUCAUGUAUGCCAUAGGCAUUUAUAUUAAUGAAAUGUAUGCCUCAAUAAUGCAAAGGCUGGUUGUGAGCUGAGAGGCACCAAACUAAACCAAGGGCGCAGAUCUGUUUUUUUUUUGGGGGGGGGUCAUUUCGUGAGACCACACCCAGCCCCACCAUGGUUGGGGCUGAGGUUCGAAAGUUUGAGGAAAUAGUACCUCUAGAUGGCCGGAAAUGACACUCUUAUAGUAAAAUUCUUCAUCAUCACAUCACCAUUAUUUAUCAUGAUCUUUUAUGAGCGUUUUCCGCCAACAGAGAUCUAAUUAAUGUGUGAUGUACCAUAGAAUAAAAAAUUUAAAACAUUGUCUUCGAUGUAUACACUGCACCUACUACCGUUUGUCCACACCCACUUCAGCCCCACCAUGGUUGAUUUAUAAGCGAAUGUAAGCAUUUCCGUGCGUACACACACAUACUGCAUGUAGAGCAUAAAUGUUUUUCUUUUAAUUGUGUUCUAUAUUCUUAAAUGUUCAAAUAAUUUCAUUUGGUUUCUGUAAAUUACCGUAUGUAUACUGACCGAAAAUUGGUUCAAAGUGUAGCAGAGGCGUUGGCUUGCUUUGCUGCGUUAUCGGACCGAUGACGUCGGACCUUCGCUAGGUGGUGCGGCUGUCUGGGUGUUGAUAGUCUUCCCUGUCGAACAACACCCAACGACAGGGAGGACAGCUAGCAUUCGGCUGGCUGUGUUGCCUUUGGCGGGGGUCUGAUGGCGUCGGUUGGUGGCGUUGUGGGGUGAGUUAGCGUCUUGAUUUGCUUUGCACGACUUUUCAAAUCAAUUCUUAUAUUCUUAGUGUUUAAUUUGAUUGGCGGGUGAGCAAUAAUGUAAUUUGAGUAAUGUGCAAAUCUCUUUAAAAUAAAGAAUUUAAUUUUAUAUUUUUGUUGCUUACAUUUUGUUCCUAUCUGGAUACACCGUUAGGUUUUGUCUAAGGCGUGCAACUGUUAUGAAAGUAUAAUCCAAUAAAUAUUGUAUUGUAUUGUUAUAGUAAAAUUCGUUAUCAUCACAUCACCAUUGUAGUCAAAAUUAAGCACAAACGAAUUUCUCAUGAAUAUUUCAACAUAAUAUAACACACCAUGGCUGGAGCUAAGGUAUGAAAAUUUGAGGAAAUAGUACCUCACCCUAGCCGGAAAUGACACUAUAAAGAGCAAAUGCAAUCACUUUGUUUAUUCUGUAUAUGGAUAAUAAUUUAAUGCUAAUAAUAACAAUAAUACGGAAAAUAACAUUUUAAUAAUUAUAAAGAGCAAAUGUAAUAACUUUUUUAUUUUGUAUGGAUAAUAAUUUAAUGAUAAUAAUAACAAUAAUAAGAAUAAUGAAAAUGUAAUAACUAUAAAGAGCAAAUGUAAUAACCUUGUUUAUUCUGUAUGGAUAAUAAUAUGAUCGUCAAAUAUGAUUUUUGUGUUUUAAAAAAAAAUCAUUUGUACAACGUAGGCCUAUCAAACAUAGUUUUCCCUCCGUAGCCUGGCUUUAAAUGUGAUGCCGUUGCAUUUAGAAGUUCUUGAAUAAAAAACCUGCGAGUUUUUCAUGUG